UGGGCGGUGGAGUUUGCGCAUGCGCAGUUCCAACCGUCACUUGGGUUACGGGGGGACUAAAAAUGGCGACCACUAUGGAGUAAAUAAAAAACGAACCACUUUUUAAACUCUUUUAAAUGAUGAUUACAACAUUGCACGACUGGAAUCUUCUAAACAUCUUCCAGCGACGGAAUUAAGGAGUAUGUUAGCAGCUUUGGGUCUGAAAUAAGGAUGUUCACAGCGCAAACAAAAGCGACUCGCGUCCAUUUAAUCCAUCGAUUUCUCUGCGCUCUAUAGCCAGGAGGCAUAAAAAACGGCGCCUGCGGUACAAGAACUGACACUAUUCUGUUUGUUUUCUAAUUAAGAAAGCAACGUAAGAGCGGUUUGUGAAUUUAAAUGUUCCAAAGAAACGUCAUCAAUACUGGUAGGAAAUAAAGACACUUGCAGGAAAUCAAUCGAGCUUAUUGUAAGCCUCAUCGAUUGCUCUGUAAUCUUCAUAACUGCGAACUGGUGCAUGCUGCUUGCACUGAGUAACUGAGUGGGAGAUACUUUUCAUUAAUAUAAACGCAAACGAGGACUAUCUAUAUAUUGCACGCCAAACAAUGGAAUGUGAUGUUUGAGGGAAGUUUGUGUCUAAAUAAAAAAAAGCGUAAACAUAAAUAAAAAAAGAACUCGCAUUGAGGAUGUGUAAACUAUGCCAGAGUCGUCGAUCGGACGCAGCUUUGUGCGCAUGCUCGGUCGAGCGCUCGGCACGCGACACUCUUCCUGACAACAAAGAUGGCGCCUGUUGUGGAAGAAGUGCCGCGGUUGUUGUUAUUCGUGUAAAUGUGACUCCGGACAGCGCGCAUUUCUGUGGACGCGAAGGUUUUGUGGCCGGCCGCGGAGGAUGUGCGAGAGCUACGCGCGCUCGCUGAUGAGGGUGGCGGUGGCGCAGUUAUGCCAGGCGCUGGGCUGGGACGCGGUCCAGCUGUCCGCCUGCGAGCUGCUCUCCGACGUGCUGGAGCGCUACCUGCAGCAGCUAGCCCGAGGCUGCCACCGCUACUCCGAGCUCUACGGCCGCACAGACCCUGGACUGAUUGACCUUGAGCAGGCCUUUGGUCUGAUGGGGGUGAGUGUAGCAGAGCUGGAAGACUACAUCAACAACCUGGAGCCUGUGGGGUUUUUCCAUUCUAUCCCUCAGUUCCCCAUCAGCAAGAGCUGCGUGUUGCAGUUCCCCACCUCCAGCUUUGACACAGAUGUCCGCAAUGCCCUGCGUGGGGACAAGAGGGACUACAUCCCAGAAUACCUCCCUCCUCUCGCCCCGCUACACCAAGAUGAAGAGGAGGAAGAGCAGGUCCCUGCGGAUAUGGGAACGUCAGCUGAGGCCAUGCAGGUGUCCCUUGGCGAAGAAGAGGACGGUGAGGACGAAGAGAAUGACGAGAACUGGCUCGGCCCACGUGGGUCAGAUAGCCCCAGGCCAGAAGGUCUUUUACCUGCUGCCAAGCGCCCACGCCUGGGAACAAAACCGGGAAGCAGUCCUGAAUGGAGCUUCGAGCCUCGCGAACCACUUAGUUCGCUCAACGCCCAGCACAUGGCACGCUCGCCUUCCCCUCCACUUUCCCUCGAAAUGGUUCGUCCCACUGCAUUGACCCCGACGCCGGGGCAAAAACCCAAAGUUUCCGCUCUUUCUCCAGCUCGUCCGAAAAACAAAUCGCCGAAAAGAGUGAGUGGCCCCGCCCCUUCUGCCAUAUCUGCUCGUCCUCCUUCAGUAACCCCACCCAAAAGUGCUCAAAAGGUAGGAAAAAGGUCACCGGGGAGACCCAGAAGCCCCAGAAGCCCUCGGCCAGGGCCCACACAGUUAGGACGUGGAUGGUUGAUCCCAAACACAGAUGAAGUUUCACAAGAUGGCGAGCUCAAAGACGAGGCCAUCGAGGAUUCCAUCGCGGCAGUUAUAGCCAGGGCGUGUGCCGGGGGCGUGGGUGUGGUUGACCCGUUUGCAUAUGACUCUGACACGGACAGCGAGGGGCUUCCAAAGAGCCCGCCCAAAAAUAUUCUCAAACAUCCACUUAUACAACCAAAACUCCCACCCGUCCUUGGUAUUAAACACCCCCCCAUGAUGCCGCCAACAUCGCUCUCGGCCACCCCAAACCGCUGGACCCUAGACGACUCCAUAGAUGAGGUCAUCCGAAAAGCCAACCAGGGCCAGGGUUUGCCAUGUCAAUCCCCACCAGAGCCCUCCUACUUCUCCACGCCACCCGACUCGCCCCCCACUCCUCCCCCUCUGACCCUCAAUCCCCCACUAGAGCAAAAAGACCACGUGGCCUCAUCUCUCCUUAAGAAAAAACUCAAGAAGGAUAUCAAGACCAAGCUGAAAAAGAAGGACAGAGAGCGGCUAAAGGAGAAAGGAAAAGACAAAAGCAAGAGCAAAGAGAAAAACAAGGAAAAGAAGAGAGAGAAGGAACGGAGCCAGGGGGAGGACAUAACGCCACCGUGGAUUGAGUUACCGCUCGGAGGUGAGGACAGAAGAGAUGCCGUUGGUGGGAAGAAGGAGAAGGACAAGCACAAGGACAAGAAGAAAGAUAAAGAGAAGAGCAAGAAGGACAAAGACAAAAGAGACAAGGGCAAAGACAGAGGAGCGAAGGAGGAGAGGAGGCUGUCGCUUGUGACCAAGGAGAGCACCUCGGCUUCUCUACCUCUCUUCAGCCCUUCUUCCUGCCUGCACAUCCCCUCAAUGCUUCCCCCACUGCAACCCAUCCUCCCUGAAGUGCUGUUCCACUCUAAAGAAAUCAAAAGCAAGGAAAAGGACAAGAAGAAAGACAAAAAAGAGAAAAAGAAGAAGAAGGACAAGGAGAAGGAACGAGAGAAAGACAGGGAGAGGGAGCGGCCCAGGGAGAAGGAGGAGAAGAAGAAGGAGAAAGAGAAGAAAGAAAAAGUAAAAGAAAAAGAGAAGCCUAAAUUGGAGAAGCCCACUUUAAUGGUUGAAGCCCCCGUGGUUCCACAGUCUCCCGUCAUACCCAGGCUGAAGCUGAAAGUUGGAGCCGGACAGGACAAAAUCGUCAUCAGUAAGGUUACCCCCGACUUGGAACCGACCCCACCGCCUCCUCGAACGCCGGUCUCACGCUCUGGGCCCGGUGCUCGGAUGCGUUCUCCUCCCGCCCCUCCUCCCCCUCUUCCACCUCCGGUUGUCGCUGCACCUAUCCCACCACCUGUGUUGCCACCUCCUCCGCUUCCAGUGUUCCAGGCCCCAGCCAGCCAGGCUAAAGCUCGCGGGUGCAGUGUUGUCACGGAGACAGUCAGCGCUUAUGUGAUUCGUGACGAGUGGGGUAAUAAGAUCUGGAUCUGCCCUGGCUGUAAUAAACCAGACGAUGGCAGUCCCAUGAUCGGGUGUGAUGAGUGCGAUGACUGGUAUCACUGGCCCUGUGUAGGAAUUCAAGCCGCUCCCCCGGAGGAUCAGUCCUGGUUCUGUGUUAAGUGUUCUGGCAAGAAAAAAGACAAAAAAACAAAAAAGAGGAAACGUAAAGUGCACUGAUCAUGUCUGUCUUGCUUUCUCUCUCUCUUUCCUUGCCUUUCUGCUCAUGUCAAGCUUUAUUUCAGUCAGAUCUCUCUCUACCUGCUGCGGCUACAAUUUGGACAUUUUUCUCCUCUCUUCCUUUUAACCAGUCUCUGUAGUCGUUUAUGUAUUUUUUAAAAAUGAAAUUUUCAAAAAGUCUAUAUGUUAAUUUUUUUAUGUCAAUCAUCCUACAAAAUGUGUAUAUGACCUUUGUACGAAAAAGUUCAUUAGGUGUGUAUGUAAGUGUGUGUGUGUGCGAGGUUAUACAUCCUCAUCCAAGUUUUUUCAGCCGUGCGCUGACUCAUCGGGAUCACAUCUCUGAAAAGGAGGGGAAAAAAACACGUCUGUACAAUACUCAGCCUUUUUAAAUAUUGUUCUGAUUUAUUUAGACUGGAAGUGCAGUUUCCUUUUAUUAUGGAUUCGAUUAAACGCUGUUUUUUCCACA